UUGACUUUUUUCCGUAUUGAUUCAGUGGGCACACAACACAGGCGUACUACCGUACUGUACGUACUGAGUUUGGUCGUUGUUGUUUGAUUUGAGUGUGUAUAAUGGAACCCUGUCUAAUAUCUAUGAUUGCAUUGGAAUCAGCAAUCAAGUAAAUUAAUCUAAUGCCAAGGUAAAUGAUAAAACGUUAACACGAUGUCUGAGAAACUUCAACGAAGGAAUCGGCAUUCGCGAGAUGAAGAUGGACCGCUGUUGUCUGUUUUAAAAUCAACAAUGCGUAGGCAUUCAACUUCUCACUGCAGCGAUUCAAACUACGACCAAUUUAACGAUGGAUCCAGCCCAGGAAUGUAUGAAAGGACAUCUUCUGGUGCUAACAUUAGAAUAGGCCAAGUCACAAACGUAAAACAUGUUCAAGGAAUUAACCCUGAAACGGUGCAUGCGAUACAAGUAAUUGAUAAUGAGCUGGCUAGGCCUAGAAGUCCAUCCCAAUUCAGCAGCAGGGACUCUGUUGAUGGUAACGUCCAGUCGAUUCUCGGCUCGUCGAAGAGGAUGAAAAUGAACAGUGUCCAAGAACGUGAGAUCAUGGGUGGAGCCUACUUACUGAGAACAGUUGAAAUUCAUAAAGUUUCUGGUGAGAAAUUGGGAUUUUAUAUACGAGAAGGUAAUGGGGUAGACCAUAAGAAUGGAAUAUUCAUCACCCGGCUGGUCCUCGGUGGAAAAGUUGAGGAAAGUGGUUUAUUACGUGUUGGAGAUGAAGUCCUGUACGUGAAUAGUAUACGCGUUACUGGAAAAACUCUGGAUGAAGUUCAUGUAAUUUUACAAAUUCCUAAAAGACUGUUAAUAACAGUGAAGACGAAACAGAUUGGUAAGAGCAAGUUCCAGGACUUAUCGAGGUCUCGUCCCGGCAGUGGCCGAUACGGUUCAGAUUCUAUCAAUCAUUGUGAAGUUGUGAAGCAGAUGAAAGAUGCAGAGAGCGAUCACACUAACCAUAGCUGUCCUAUGUAUGACCAUGGGAACCAUUCUAGAGCAUCGUUACUCAAUCAUGAACUCCAAUACAAGUUGCAAUUGAGUCGAGCUGCAAGUUCCGAGGAAGACAACAAGAGUAACGCUAGUGAAAACUCCUAUCAAACCCGCUCGACUAGUUCGUAUGAAACGUCAUUUAUCCAGUCUUGUGAUCCUUACAUCUUUCCAGGAAAUGAGAAAGAUGUAGGGUCAAAGACUAGGCCCCGGUCAGCAAUGUUACCUGUUGAAGCACCAAAGAGCGGCCGUACCACGAUUAGGCCGGUAUCAGCAAUACUGACAGGUGCAAGUCAGAGUUUUGAUAGUGAACUUGAAACACGACGAGAGGCUGCAAACAUAGCCUCAGAAAAUGCAGAUAGUUUUGAAGGGAUGACCCCUUUAGAUGGAAGAAGCAAAAAGCACCGUCCUAAAUUCGAACGUAGCAUGAGUGAACAAAUCGGAGGUCAACAUCAAGGGGUACAUCCGGGAAGGUCAUCAGAAGGCAUUAUAGACUUGGAAAGCCAAAAAAUAACCAGUGAUGAUGUCUUUAGAGAUAAAUCGCACAAGUUUGGUUUGAAGAUCACAGAUGUCGGUAAAAGACUGCGAAAGCCUUCUAGUGGCCGGUCCAUGGACAUCGAUACAAAUCAAUUCUCCAAGUACAAAAGUGAUGUAACGUUACGAAUCCGCAACAAAAAUCUAGCUUUUUCAGGCAUGUUAACACUUCAUGUUCACGGAGGACGGAAAAUGUCACCUACGCUCAGCACGAAAAAGGAUUUACGCGAUUUGUACUGCAUUGUGAUGGUUGACUGCUUUCACAAAGCGAAAACUGCGAGUAUUACGAGUAGAGAUGAAUUUAAUUGGGAUGAACGAUUCGAGCUGGACUUAGAGCAGGCACAGGAAAUCGCAUUUAUGAUAUACUCUAUGGACGAAAAACAACAGCCGCACCUUUCCUAUAAGGCAACGGUUAGACUCAUGCAGGUUUUUAUUCAUCAGAAAACCAAACACGAGAACCAGAAACUCGCGGUCAAACUUGACCCGCGUGGAUUAUUAUACAUAUCCAUGGUAUAUGUUGAGCGUCAAGCCACUUUGAAACGUGUUCCGUCGUUGGAUAGGAAAGGCCUGUUCGGUGUUCCAUUGGAUGUGGCUGUACGUAGGGAGGGAACAGCAUGUAAAAUACCACGUCUUAUUUACAAGUGUACUCAAGAGAUUGAACUUCGGGGAAUUGAUAUAUUAGGUAUCUAUCGUGUUUGUGGCUCGGCAAAGAAAAAGAAACGACUGCAUGAUGAGUUUGAGCGGUCGUCAGAAGCAGUAGAUUUAAGUUUUGAUAAUUGUCCAGAUAUUCAUGUCAUUACAGGUGUUCUUAAGGAUUACCUACGCGAACUGCCAGAACCUCUGUUCACAAACCGGCUGUGCGAGGAAUUUAUUAAAGUUGCCACUGAAUCAGAAAACCCUGUGCCUGAUAUGGACAUGGUCCACAGCAUGAUAAACACACUGUCUCCUGCUAACAAGGAAACCGUUUGUUUUAUGUUGGAUCACUUGAAGUUGGUGUCCCUACACCACGAAAGUAACAAGAUGGACACGUACAAUAUCGCCGUCUGUUUCGGACCCGUCCUUAUGUGUCCAUCUCCCAUAGGAAUGCAACAUCCACUGGCAAGCAUGGCGUUUGAAAAACAUAUAGAAGUACUGCAGGCUUUGCUUAAUAAGUGGCCAAACCCAAAGGGUCCAAGAGAUAGCGAACAAUCAUUAGAAGAGACGAAGAAAGUGAAGGAGACGGAUCACCAAGAGGAGGACAGUUGUUACCAUAGCAAUGAUGACCUGGAUGAAAAUGUAGCUGAGGUUACAGAAGUGUGAUUCCUGAGUGUUUCUCUGAAUGACAUCACUGCUUAUCGUGUAGACUCCGAAUGGCAUUACUGUGUACUGGAAGUUUGCUGGGAUCAACUACAUGAUGCCGGUCAGUUAUAAUUACACACGACACAAAAAAAAAUCAAAGGGUAGCUGGAUUUUUAUCCUGUGAAUAAUACAGUCAUAAAAAAUAUUAUGAAAUUUUUUACGUGUAUUUAUUAUAAUUUAGUUCUUCCUCCAUAUUUGAACAUGUCAACAUUUCAUAUUUUAAAUUUAUUAUUUUUUAUAUGUUUGUAUUAAUAUUUUAUAUAAUAAUAAUACCUUACUCGUAAAUAUAUCCAAUAAGAGUUAUAUUUUGAAACAUUUGUGAUGAGAUACAUUUUUUUUCUUCUCAGGUUCUCUAUGGAAUUUGUGCCUUCGUAGAGAACCCAAUCAAAGAUUACUUUAUUUCAGCUGGACUAAAAUCCACCUAUUGAUUGAAAGUAUUUGGUUGCAAUUCUUUAUGAAUGAUGUUGCAGUGGCAUAAUGAAUAAUACUGAAUGAUGAUGAGGGAGAGACGAAGGAGAUUAAAUAUUACCAAAAUUCAUAUAAUUAUAACACAAUGGAAGUUGCUAGGCAACGGUUCAACAUCAGUAAUGGGUGUUACUUCACUACAAGGUCAUGUAAUGUUUUAAAUUACCUCUAAAUUGAAAUCACAAAAAAAAAGCCCUGAAAUCAUUUUUAAAGAAUCUGAGAGUAAUAGAAUUUGUUAUUAUUAUUAAUAAUAUUGAUGAUAAUAAAACUUAAUUUAUAAAUAUUUCAAAAUUAGAAUAAAAUUGACUUACAAAUUUAAAUUUAUUUUUUUUUUGUUAUUUUCACUUAUUUUUCAAUUAAGGAGCAAAAACUUAUUUCAAUAUCACAUUAUAAUAUGGUAUUUCUUUUCUAGCAUUAGUUUACUACUGUAAACUAUUUAUAAACCUCGGUCCAGACCGUAUCAAAUUUUCAUUGACAAAAAAAAACAAAAAAACUGUUGUAUGCCCAUAUAUAGCCAUGAUGUGAUGUCAUCUUAUUUGUAGGCAUUUCACAUGAUUUUGUCAAAUUUGAUAGUUUGAAAAUAAAAUUGAAGGAAAGAGAGAGAAAAGUAAACAUUAGAGACAGGAAGAAAUACAGAGAGAGAGAGAGAUAUGGUUUCGAUCUGUUUGUGAGAACGAUUUGCAUAUUUUUAGGCCAUAUAGAAAAUAAAACAACAUAUCUCUUGUUAUUCUUUAGAAAAAGAUGAGGCACAAUUUGUUCGGCCCUGUUAUAGACUAUCAAAUUUUAUAUAAUAUUUUAUUCUUUUAUUAUAUUGCUUUCAUAAAUCGGGCUCCAGCUUAAUAAUUUUGAUAAUGCUUUUUGUUUACAUAACUUUUUAUAUGUCACUCGGAUUUAACUACUACAAUUUCCAAUGCCCAACAGGUGGGUUGACCUCUCUCCAUAUGCUAUCAUGAAUAUUUUAUUGUUAGUAAUAAUUCAAUUAUAUUAAAUAGCCACAUGCUUCUUAAGUGACCUUGACGAAUAAUAAUUUUCCUGUGUGAUGAAAUAUGUACACAUGUAAUAGACCGUCAGUUCGUAUUUAAUUGAAUUAAUUACUUUUUUGUAUCUUAUAAUAUUUUCUUACCUCAAUCCAAUCAUUUGUACUGUACUUGAUUCUAAUUGUAAUCUAAAUAAUUACAUAUUAUUUGAAUAUUUUUAUUAUAUUUGAUAGUUGUACAAAAUUUCUUUGGAUUAUUGAUAUUAAUAGAUUAUGAAGCUUGUGAUGUCUGUGCAAGGCUUAUACACCAUUUUAUCAGGAUCUGUUUUGAAACAGCGCCACCAACAUCUGGCAACUUUUCUCUAGGGGAUGUCCAGCAGCCUGACUGACACAUAUCUUCUUUUGAGUACUUAGACAACCAAUGCUGCAGGUUUUAAUGUGCCCCCCCCCCCCAAGGUUCUGGUUUUUUUUGUUUUUUUUUGGCAUUUUGUUUUCAAAGACCAGCCUAGGCCUCUACAACAACAAGGUUGUGCAACAGUCACUGUGCACAAAUAAACACUAGUAAACUACGUAGAGCUAAAUGUCUAAGCAUCUGGAUGUCCCUCAGUGGUAGUUGCCAGGAAAUUCUCGGAAAUUUUCAUUUUAAAUUUAGCAAAAAAAUGGUGUAUAGGAUUAGUAUUUGUAAUGAUUCUAAUAAUAUUAAUUUCUGUUUCAAUAAUAAAAGCAAUAUUUGUUUCAAUUUUAGGUUUCUGUUUAUGAAACAUAUUUUUUUUUUUUUUAGAUUCAGGUUAAAACAUCUUGAGGAGUACUGUAGUUGAUAGAGAGCCUUAAACGUUUCACAAUGUGCAUUAUCUUUAGUAUAUUUGUAAUGAUAACCAUACAUUAUCAAUAAUUAGUGUGUACUUAUAAGACUAAUGAUAAUAAUUAGUGAACUUGUAAAGCGCAUUAUUGCAACAUCCUCUUUUUAGUUAACACUCUAAUUAAUUUUAAAAGAGAUUUUGUGACCACACCGUGAUUGUGUCAGGGUGAGGGUGAAGGAAAACUAGCUGAACUUUUUAAACCACCUCAUAUUACCUUAUUUUGCUAGCUCCCUCUCAUCUAAUCAUUAGGCUUCACCUUUGCACCCUCAUCAACACCUGCACACCCCCCUCAAUUUUCAAGUCUCCUUAACAGCUUUUUAAUAUAGAACAAUAUAUUUAAAUAGAAACCACCCGAUAAAUACGACUGCUAGGGAUAGCCACUACAAAUUUUUAUUAAAUAAAUAAAUUAUACAAAAA